AUGGACAGGAAGAGAGCGAACACCGGCUCUUCUUCACUGACGGAGCGCGACUCCUUGCUUGCGACUGACACAACUUCCUCCGGGUCCACAGAGAGGACGUCUUUCUAUGCCGCAACGUCCUCAAGGUCGUGUCAUUCGCCAGUCGAUCCGGAUCCAGACACGUCUGCGGAAGAGAUAGAUGAGACGCACGACUGUCAAUCACCUACGCUGUUGGAGAACUCUAGCAGCGUCGCUAGAGAUCAUCUGGCUUCCGAGCGGACGUUUUUAGCAUAUGUCAGGACAAGUCUGGCCGUCGUGUCAGCUGGUGUAGCGUUGUCUCAAAUGCUCAUCAUACAGUUGAAUCAGCAUCCUCAUCAACGUAUAGGUGUCUUCGCAAGCCUUCUUGGCGCUGCGUGCGUAUCACUCGGACUUGCUAUUCUGUUUACUGGACGGUCAAGGUACUUCGCUGUCCAAUCAGCUCUCAUGGACGGAAAAUUCCCAGUCUCGCGACUGGGCGCCUCACUUAUUGCACUGGCACUGGCGCUCCUCGUUGUGUUAACCUUCAUCGUAAUAUUCGUAUACCAGAAAGAUAUGUUGUCCUGA